AUGAUCGCUCCUACUGAGCCCGUUCUCUCCUCCAAUUCGGCCACCCCCAUCACCCAGUUCCACCCUGAAAUCACUCGGGAGGCUUUGGAGGAAAAGGUCAUUCUCAUUGUGGGAGGUGCCAAUGGUAUCGGCGCUAGUCUUGUCGAGCUUUGCUGUGAAAACAACGCCUACGUAUGCAUUGGCGACAUUGAUUCUACUGCCGGUGUACCCUUGAGCCGGAAGUGUCGCGAGAAAUGGCCUGUCUACUGGGACCCCUCUGGUCCCCCGAAACCUCCGCGCUCCUCCUUCCAAGAGACCGAUAUCACAAACUACCAAUCUGUGCUGGAUCUCUUUGACUUUACGUUCAAGACCUACAAGCGCAUUGACCAUGUCGUCGUUACUGCUGGCAGUAUGGAACCAAAGGAGAAUUGGUUUGACAAUGCUCUAAGCCUUCAGGCUGUGCGCGAGCCCCCAUCCACCAGAGACCUCGACGUCAACCUCACUGGAACUCUCUACGUCGUUCGUCUCGCUGGCGCCUACCUCCGCCACAACCGUGGCCCGGGUGUGGAUCGCUCCAUCACUCUUUUCUCUUGCGCCGCAGGGUUCAAGGAGACCCCGGGAGUGUCUGUUUACCAGGCAGCCAAGCACGGUGUGCAAGGCCUGAUGCGCUCGCUGCGUCCCUAUUUUAUCCACCCUUACAAGCACAACCUUCGCAUUAACACCAUCUGCCCCUGGAUGACCCAGACUCAUCCUGCUGUAACGAAGAAACUGUGCGACCGAUGGGAAGAGGAGGGUCUCCCCAUCAGCUCUCCCCUCCAGGUCGCUCAGGUGGCUGCUGGUGUCCUCGUGGACGACUCACUGAACGGCACCUCUAUGUACGUCGAGGGUGGCCGCGCCUGGGAAAUCGAGGCGAACCUUGAUCGUCUCGAGCCACAAUGGCUAGGUGAAGUCCCUGCGAAGACUCUUGCUCGGGGACAGAAGGUGUUGAAAGAUGCCUGGGCUGCAUGA